AUGGAUAAAAUUUUGAAUUUUCUCAAAGCUUUGGAUUCUACAAAGUCGCAUUUUUUGGAUCCGUUUGAUGAAUUGCUAAAGGCUCUCUACGAAACUCGUCAUAGUGGAUGGAGAAAGUCCUUUAAGGCACUGCCUCCUAGCCUGUUUUCAUGUGAGGAGGCGCACGCGGCUUGCAAUGCAGCAAUCGGUGUGACUUGUGGAGAGGCGGAUGGUGUGCGCCUCCUUCUCGGUCUUGUCUACGUCUUCGCGCUCAACGUCCUUUUCAUCACCCACCUCUAUUUUGCCCUCUUCAACCUCGCCUUCUUCCAGGCUCUUCGAAUUCGCAUGCUCAGUGCC